UUUAUCCAAAGCGACUUACAGUCAUGUGUGCAUACAUUCUACGUAUGGGUGGACCCUGGAAUCGAACCCACUACCCUGGCGUUACAAGCACCAUGCUCUACCAACUGAGCUACAGAAGGACCACUGUGUCCCAUGUAAAUAGUCGUUUUUUUUUCGUAUAUAUUUUCUCUCACUUUCCACCUACGAUCUAACUAUACUUUCCUGCAACCCGCCUCACCCAAUGUGGUACGGAUCUGCUAUUUGUAUACGCUAUAACUGGAACCUCCAUCAGCAACUAGCCAGCUAACUAGCUACUAGUCACUGUUAGCCACGGCUAGCGGUCUUCACCUUUAGCUCGGACACCAGCCAGCUUUAGCUCGGUCAAUAACUACCAGUCUACACAGAGCGAUAUCAACCCAGAGCAUAUCGGACUGCUUUUCUCCACCACAUCACUGGAUUCCUGGCGCAAACUCUGGGUCUUUACACCAGAUCGCAGCUAGCUAGCUGCAACCCAGAGGCUACUCCUGGCUAACGCCUCUGUCCUGAAGCAAAGCACCAGCUAGUGUUUAUCUGACUGGAUAAAAUAUACAGUAGCAAUCAAAAGUCUGGACACACAUACUCAUUCCAGUGUUUUUCUUUAUGUUUUACUAUAUUGUAGAAUAGAGAAGACAACAAACUUUGAAUCAUGUAACCCAAAAAGUGAUAAAUCAAUAUUUUAUAUUUGAGAUUCUUCAAAGUAGCCACCCUUUGCCUUGAUGACAGCUUUGCACACUCUUGGCAGUGUGCAAUUGAAUUUACCACAGGUGGACUUCAAUCAAGUAGUAGAAACAGCUCCAAGGAUGAUCAAUGGAAACAGCAUGCACCGGCGCUCAAUUGAGUUUCAAAGCAAAGAGGCUGAAUAUGUAAAUAAGAGAGUGAAGCAAUGUGGACUUGGCGGAAGACCCUUCAGAUUUUCAUUUUUUCCGAACUUGGUGGACGUCAUCCCAGCCAGUCUUCACGUCACUGUGAUCUUCUUCUGCGUAGUGCUCAUCUUCUUCUCCUCUGUGGCCACAGGCUUCUUUAUGUACAAUGCCUUUGGUAGUCCCUACGAGACCCUGCACGGACCCCUGGGACUCUACCUCUGGAACUUUGUCUGCUGCCUCUGCAGCUGCCUGGUGAUGAUUCUGUUUGCCUCCGAGGUGAAGCUCCACCGGCUGUCCGACCACAUCGCCAACUUCAACGAGAGCACGUUUGUGUACAAGACGCUCACAGAGCAAUUUGACCACUCCUUCUGGCUCAUCUUCCUCACCUUCCUCGUCCAUGGCCUUAACAUCCUGCUGAUCCGUGUGGCCGGGAUCCAGUUCCCCUUCCAGGAGGCCAAAGAGUCGGACGUGAACACCGGGGCAUCAGAUCUCAUGUACUGACCAGGGCUUUUGUUUGUUUGUGUGGCCGCUUGCCGGGCCCCCCCACUAUAGUGACACUGAGCCUCAGCUAUUAGCGUGUCUCAAUGGGAGACUUGGGGCCAUAGCUUUUAUGUGCCCAUGUGCUGUUGAAAGGUCCAAGCAAAUGUGACCCUCCUGAACCGCUUCUUUUCCGAAAUCCAGUGACAAGCUGUCAGUCCUUCAGACGACAACUGGAGACGUGUCCCUGGAUCUCUGUAAGGGAAGCUGUUUUGAAACUUUGAGUGAGUUGGGUCUUGUUUUUCUUUCCGUUGUUAAUUGGUAGUAUUUCGUUAGGUGGUGGGCCAAUUAAAGGCCAGGAUUUCACUCAGCUGUUGAAAAGCAGAGACUUGAUUGGUUCCACUCCAUCAUGUUUUUACGUGCAUUGGCAGUCCUUCCCUUGGCAGUCCAAAGCUUUAUCAAUGAAGGUGGACCGUUCAACAGUGUGUCACGAUUGAUUGACCAGAAUAGGUACCAUGUGUAUUAUGGAUUGACGAUAUCGUAGCCUUUCAAUUUUGCCCCCGAAAUGUAUUGAAAGACCACAGCUGUAUAAAGUAAACCGAGCAGUUUCUUUAGCCCUUUAGCCCUGAAUAUUGGUUUUUACUUACUCAGAUUAAGAUGUUGCUUCAUUGUUUGAUCAGAUGAUGUAUUCAGAAUCAUGUGAUGUGCCAAUUUUUAUGAUUUUAAUGAUGAUCAUUCCUAAUACAACAUUUAUUUUAUGAAAUGUGUAGAGCUACUUAGAUUUGUUGUAGAUUUAUAUGCUGUUAUUGGUGUAAGUCCGAGGUAUAUGUAUUCUCUGUCGUAGGAAGAACAAUUGUAUACAUGUCCAUCUACAGUAUCUGUGUAAAUGUUCCUUGAAGUAUAGCUAUUUUUGAUUGAUUGAUCAAGUCAUUGUAUUUCACUAUUUAGCAUCUUUCUAAGGCACUGAAUAUUCAAAAACAAAUCAAAUUUGUAAGUACAUUUUAUCAGAACUAUGAGGUUCCAGAUUAUUCAAAAUCAGUUGAGUUUCAGAAAAUGACAAAUGUCUUAUUUCUUUCCCUUAAUUCCACAAUGUGGCAAUAUCUACAUACACUAUAAAGUACAUCAGUAGACAGACCAAAUCUUAAGUUAAAACUGAAAAGGGAAUUUAACAAAUAGGACAGUAAAUUUGUACGACAACAUCUACAGUGAAAGCAAAGGGUUGUUUUCUGUGUGUAAUACAAUACAGCACGAACAUGUUGCAUUGAAGCGCAUUAAACAUCAUUGACAUACAUGAACACAUUCAAAGAGAAGCCACUCCCAUCAGUGCCAAACAGUGCAAUAGUGUCCAAACAAAAUUCAAACACCAUUCAAAGUUGUCUUCUAUGGGGGCUGUGGUUACGUGGUCAUGAAUAUGCAACAGGUUCCCAUAAAAACUGCCAGGUUACAUUGGCCUUCUGACAGAAAACCUUCAAAUGCUUCAUUCAA